GAUUGUAAUUGUACUUAUCAACUUUUAAGAAAUAAAUUAUAGUAUAAAAUAAACAGAACAACAAAAAAAUUAGAACUUUAGUUUAGGCGUAUGCAUCUUUUUUUUCCAAUUGUUUUUCUUAAAAGAAUUAUCAGUGGGAGAUAAAUCAAAAGAUAUAAUGUAUUAAUGUUGUUGAUCUUAUUGCGAGUGUAGAUGAUAUUGGACAUCUGCAACCAAAACAAUAUAGAUGCAUGCAAGCAGGGUCAUUAAGAUGAAAAUGGAGAAGAAAUAAGCAUGCUCUGCACCUUCUUUUACCGACAUUUAUUCUACCCGCUAUUUAUGUAUACAACCAAUCCAUAACAAAAACUUUUCGUACAGAUUACAACAUGACCUGAGCUUAUUUUGACGAACAACAUAUAAUUAUUUUUAUAUCAACCCUGAAUUUCAUAUAAUAAGUUAAUCAGAAUUCUAAAGGUAAUUCAUCUAAAGAAAUUAUAUCACUCAUAUAUUUGCAAAUCACUGAACAUUCUAGUAUGUGGCGAUGGGCAUAGUGCUAUAAAACAUGUAUCCGUAAUCAUGUAGAGAAGUACAAAACGAAACCAUAUGAUUUGCCCAUUCAUUUUGCUGUUGUAUUUUGUAUACCCCAGCUUGUAUUAUGUAGUGAGAAAAACCACCACCAACAACAACAUAAAUCCCACAAGUGAGGUCUGAGGAGGGUAGAGUGUACGCAGACCUUACCCCUAUCUUGGGAGGUAGGGAGGCUGUUUCCGAAAGACCAUCGGUUCAAGAUAAGGCAUGACAAAAAGGUUAGACAAGGAUUGAAGAAAGUAAUGAGAAAAACCAAAUUUUGGAAAUCACAGCAACUAGGGAAUUGGAGGAGGAUCAUAGGGAGCACCAUUGAAGAAGUUCUGUAAAGAACACCGUCUACUUCAUGUACCAUAUGUUGUCUAAUGACUGAUUUUUCAGGAAGAUGUUUGGCGUUGCCCUAUGCGGCUAUGCUCUACUUCUCAUGUACCAUAUGUUACUGCCUCAUUCGUUAAUUUUAAAUACAUCUGAGCAAGAAAUGGUAAAAUUUUAUACAGAGUCAGAAUCGGAAAAAAUAAAGCUUGUUGGUUACCCAAAUAAGUUCUGCAAUCAAAGUCACUCAAACCUUAUCAGAUAACAGUAAAAUAAGUCGGUAUCUAUUUUGGUCGAAGUUUUUUUCCUGCUUUUUUAAUCUACUGAGAUCUCUUGUACAGUUGUACUCAACGUGGCACAUUAUCCAACUACGUUUCUUGGUGUUAAUCAAAAAAAGAAAAAAAAAAUUGGUCUGAAACCAAACCAAACUGACAAUAUAUAUAGCAAUUCUUAAAUUUUAACACAGAGAACAUUCAUAACAAAACAUUUUGUUUAAAAGUUUUGAAAUUUCUGUGUUUUCAGGUGGCUUUGACUUAAUAAUAGGCUUUGUUUGUAUAGGAGGGAGGAACCCAUUGCUGAUAGCCGUUGCAUUUUUGUUCUUCUUUUGCAUUUCUUUGGAGAUAGGGGUAAUGUCAAACUCUAGAUCAUAAGUUACUGAUUCUGGCAUUAAGAAACAAAGAAAAUGCCCCCAUUUCUAUGUUCUGUUUAUUGUCAAGAUAUAGUCAAUCUUUAACUACUUUUGAUAUAUAUAUCCUCUUUGUUUUUAGUUUUAAUAAUUUUACUUCAAUUAUCAUCUGUUAACCAGAUAAUGCCUCCCACUUAGUGUACUGAUCAGGUCUUUAUUAGGACCUUGCUCUCAGCUUAGUGGGCAAGUGGGCAACUAAGAAGCUAUUACAUUAAUUUUGAGAAGGCUCUAUAAAAACCAGAGCUCCCUAAUCAACUAUGGAACACAAGUCUUAGUUCUAUCUUUUCCUUCUCUAAGUGUUACCAAAUCCAAAUGAAAAGCUCAGGGAAGUUGGGUCAAUGGCCCUUACUAACAGCUGCUUUGGCAAUUUGCUUAAUAGCUAGCACUGUUGUUGCUGAUUACUCUUAUGGGUAUAAUUCUCCCUCACCUUCUCUCAGCUCUAAGAAUUACUACAAAUCACCAUCUCCAUCUAAGUAUCAUGUGCCCACUCCUUAUUACAAGAAACCUUCUCCAUCACACUACUAUUACAAAUCACCAGCUCCUUCAAAGCAUGCCUAUUACAAGUCGCCAUCACCAGCAAAAUAUUACAAGUCGCCUGCUCCUUCAAAGCAUUACAACAAGUCACCCGUUGUAACGAAGUAUCAUAAGUCGCAUGUUCCUUCAAAACAUUACUACAAAGCGCCUGUUCUUUCAAAGAAUUACUACAAGUCGCCGUCUCCUUCAAAACACUCCUAUAAGUCACCGGUUGCAACAAAGUAUUACAAGUCACCUAGUCCCUCAAAGCAUUACUAUAAGUCACUAGUUGCAACAAAGUAUUACAAGUCACCUUCUCCCUCAAAGCAUUAUUACAAGUCACCUACUCCUUCAAAGAAAUACUACAAGUCUCCAUCGCCAACAAAGUACUACAGGUCACCAUCCCUAACAAAAUAUUACAAAUCACCCGCUCCAUCUAAAUACUACAAUUCGCCUUCGCCAACAAAAUAUUACAAAUCACCCGCUCCAUCUAAGUACUACAAGUCGCCUUCGCCAACAAAAUAUUACAAAUCAACCCCUCCUUCUAAAUACUACAAGUCGCCUACACCAAUAAAAUAUUACAAAUCACCCGCUCCAUCAAAGUACUACAAGUCGCCUUCACCAACAAAAUAUUACAAAUCACCCGCUCCAUCUAAAUACUACAAGUCGCCUGCACCAACAAAAUAUCACAAGUCACCAGUUUACUACAAGUCUCCACCACCACCACCUUAUUAUAAGAAAUCACAAACGUACUACAAUUCACCUCCAGCCCCUCCAAAAUAUUAUGUGAAAUCACCUUCAUACUACAAGUCACCACCACCUCCACCAAAAUACUAUGAGCAAUCACCAUCUUCUUACAAAUCUCCUCCACCUCCUCCAAAAUACUAUGAGCAGUCUCCUUCUUAUUACGAGUCAUCUCUACCUCCACCAAAAUACUAUGAGCAAUCACCAUCUUCUUACAAAUCUCCACCACCACCACCAUCCAAAUACUACGAGCAAUCACCAACAAAUUAUAAGUUGCCACCUCCACCAUACUACCAAGAAUCUACACCGUCCUAUAAAUCUCCUCCACCUCCUCCAAAAUCCUAUGAGCAAUCACCUAUAACCUACAAAUCACCACCACCUCCUCCAAAGACCUAUGAACAAUCACCAUCAUACUACUCACCUCCACCACCACCGUACUAUAAGCAAACACCCACCUAUGCCUCACCUCCACCGCCUAAGAAGUAUCAGCAAUCUACCACCUAUGCUUCACCUCCACCCCCGUCAGCAUCUCCUCCACCACCUGCGAAGUAUGAGCAAUCUGCCACCUAUGCUUCACCUCCACCCCCGUCAGCGUCUCCUCCACCACCUGCAAAGUAUGAGCAAUCUGCCACCUAUGCUUCACCUCCACCCCCGUCAGCAUCUCCUCCACCACCUUCAAAGUAUGUGCAAUCUUCCACCUAUGCUUCACCUCCACCCCCGUUAGCAUCUCCUCCACCACCUGCAAAGUAUGAGCAAUCUGUCACCUAUGCUUCACCUCCACCCCCGUCACCAUCUUCUCCACCACCUACUAAGUAUGAGCAAUCUGCCACCAAUGCUUCACCUCCACCCCCGUCACCAUCCCCCCCACCAACCUACUAUUAAUAUCCAAAUCCUUCUCUUCAAUCAUUUCCCUCCAUCUCCACAACUUAUUAACUCCUUUUUAUCCUACUUUGGAGUAUUUCCAUUACCUUUGCAAAAUUUUUAUGUAUGCUUCCCAAAAUGAUCGGCUUUGAUUGCUGUGUUUUCUUUUGUUUUAAUAAUUCUUAAUAUUUAUCUUUGGAGAUUUAAGUAAGAUCCUUGAGAUUCCAUCAGUUUGGCUUAUUGUAUCAAGAUUCUUUUUGGGUGUAAUUUAUCAAGAAUUCUACUUUGCUCAAUACUAUAUUAUAUUCUCUGUCUAAUAUUGUUUGUUCCAAUCAGCUUAAUACUUUUAUUGGUCUAUAAAAACACCUCCUAGACAUAAUUAGGAGAGGCCAUCUCACUAUCUCAGAGUAUUCUAUCUAGAGCAUUUUCAUCUCAUCAAUUAUGGUUUAUAACCUAUCUACUACAAAAUUUUAACAAGAAAAGGAAAAAAAAAAAAAAAACGAAUGAGUAAAGCUGCAUGAUAUGGUCAUGGAUCGAUGCACCAACAAAAUAUCUUCUUUGACUUACUGGCUACUUAUGUAUUUUGGAUUGUAUUUGUACUUAUCAGCUUUUGAGAUUUUUUUUUUCAAA